UGUAAGAGAGGAGUUUGAAACCGUCAGUUGGGGCCACAGGUUUGGGUCAGUGACAGGCUAUUUUUACAUUUUUUUUUUACAACAAUUUGCUGUCAAUUUGUAUUUGACGCUAUUGAAGAAUUUGCGACCUCACGGUGCUUUUUGUUUUGUUUUUGGACAUGGGACAAACUUAGACUAUAAAUAGCCUAGUUAAAAAUAACUUAAUUUGAUUUUUAUAUUGAAUGAAUCAUGGACUUUUUAAAGUAAGGAAUAAUUUCAACACAGGCAACCUUUGAUUUGUCCUCUCUCUUAACCCUCCAUAUAAUUGAGCAAAUAAAACAUUGGCUAAGCCAAUCACGGACUACACUGCUAUUCUCCGGCACUGUACGAGAAUAACAGUAGCGCUGUCGUUUGCAACAAAAACAUUGAAAAGAGGAGAAAUCAUUAUUCAGUUUUGGUCACGUUUCUGAGGUGCAAUUCAUAAACUAAGAAGAAUAGGCUAGGAGUGUGGGGUGAUUUAUUUAACCAGCGCGAGGAACCAUCUGGUGAUUGCAUCGCCAAGUUUACACCGCUCCUGCGUGCGCGUACGUACUAUCCCUAAACUCCAGUGGAAGGGAGGAGUAGAAGGUGUAGCAGCACAGUUGCAGUGGCCCUCUGAUAAAUGUCCACCUGUGCUGAAGUUUUUAUGGGUCUUUCUCUUCAGCCAAAGCUGCUGUAUGAGGCAGAUCUUCCAGGGUGGAUCAUAGCAACUUGUCAACUCUAACAGAGCUGCCCCAAGUCCACUCCUCAGCCAUCUGACAGACCCAACACACAUCAGAGCUCAGUCCAACCCAAUCCCUUUGACUCAUACCAUUGGGCCAUGGAGGAUUAUGACGUGCGCUCGGCCGCCAGUAUCCUGGCCUCGGUGAAAGAGCAGGAGGCGCGCUUCGAGCGUCUGACCCGGGCCCUGGAGGAGGAGCGACGCAACGUCUCCCUGCAGUUGGAGCGUUCCAAUGUACCCCCCGACAGGUUGGGAGGGACUGGGCCUAGCGCUAAGCUGCCACCCAACAGCCAACCCCUGGCCUGGCAGCAGGUGGUGAUGCAGGAGCAGAGCCCCAGUAACCAGACGUCUCUGGCCAUGAUGCAGGAGCCCCAGGAGAUGGUGGAGGAGACGGUCACCAUCGAGGAGGACCCUGGCACGCCCACCUCCCAUGUGUCCGUUGUCACCUCCGACGACGGCACCACGCGACGCACAGAAACCAAGGAUAUGUCAACUAACCUGAAGGUGACCAAGGUGAUCAAAACCAUCACCCGCCGCAGGUACCUGCCAGUGACCGUCACAGAGACGCUGGUGGUGCCAGGAGGUUCCAUCAUCCCGCAGUCCAAACCCAGCACCCCAGUGCCCACCCCUUCUCCCACCCCCUCCCCAUCAGAGACAGACCCAGUGACUAAAAUGGUGAAGACGGUGACCACCAGGACGGUUCGCCAGGUGCCCCUGGGCCCCGACGGCCUGCCCCUGCCUGAGGGCUCGUCCCCACUGGGCAGCUACACAGACUCCAUCGACCGGCGUUACCUGAAGAAUGGGGAGCGCUACAUCACCACGCCGCAGGCCACCUCCACGCUCACACGCUCCUACAACAACUACAACGACUCCUACAGCGACGCACUCCCCCCCGACGCUGGUGGGAGUCAGUACGGUGGGCGCCACUACGGCCUCCACGACGGCUACGGCAUUGGAGACGUGACGGACAACUACGGCAGCCUGUCCCGCGGAGUCAACUUCCGGCCACCCCGCUACCCAUACGCUAUGGCUAACAGCUAUCGGCCGGAGAACAGCUAUGGGACCCUACCCAUCCGGAAGGAUGACUACGGCCACGUGGCCCAGCCCCAGGUCCCCAUGGGCAGCAGCAGCGUGGACCUGAACCGGUCGCAGCCAGAACGCUUCCAGCCAGAGCCCUACGGACUGGAGGACGACCGCCGCAGCCUGGGCCCCGAGGAGGAGGAGCCCUAUGACCUGGAGCCUGACUACUCCACUGCUAGCCGGCGCCAAGGCACACUACCAGGCACCAACCGCGGCAGAACCAUGAGAGAGCCGCUCCGUGACGGGCCACGCAUCAGGGGUUACGAGGAUCCCAUCGAGGCGGAGAUGAUUGACGAGCAACACCCCUAUAUCCAUGGCAUGUACCCGGCCCCCCUGGCCCAGCCCGAGAGGGGGAGCAUGGCCAGCCUGGACCGCCUGGCUGGCCGCCGCUCGCCCUCCAUCGACAGCAUCCGCAAGGACCCGCGCUGGCGUGACCCCGAUCUGCAAGAGGUCAUAGCCAUGCUGGGCCACCCCAUCGACCCGGUCAAGUCUAACGCUGCCGCCUACCUGCAGCACCUGUGCUACGAAAACGACAAGAUCAAGAAAGAUGUGCGCCAGCUGAAGGGGAUCCCAGUGCUGGCAAGCCUACUGGACCAUCCCAAGGCUGAGGUCCACCGCAAGGCCUGCGGAGCCCUGAGGAACAUCUCCUAUGGGAAGGACCACGACAACAAGGUGGCCAUCAAGAACUGUGACGGUAUCCCCGCCCUUGUCCGCCUGCUGAGGAAGACCAAUGACAUGGAGGUCCGCGAGCUCAUCACAGGGACCCUGUGGAACCUGUCUUCCUAUGAGCCUCUGAAGAUGGUGAUUAUAAACCACGGACUGCAGACUUUGACCAACGAGGUCAUCAUCCCCCACUCAGGCUGGGAGCAUGAGCCCAACGAGGACUCCAAACCUCGUGAUGCAGAGUGGACCACCGUCUUCAAGAACACAUCAGGAUGUCUGAGGAAUGUGAGUUCGGACGGGGCCGAGGCAAGGCGCAGACUAAGGGAGUGUGAGGGGCUUGUGGAUGCUCUGCUGCACGCCCUGCAGUCAGCUGUGGGCAAGAAAGACAUGGACAACAAGUCUGUGGAGAACUGUGUGUGUAUCAUGAGGAACCUGUCUUACCACGUUCACAAAGAGAUCCCAGGGGCCGAGAAGUUCACAGACCCAUCCGUUCUGCAGGCCCCGGGCUCUGCGGGCCCUCAGAGGAAGAAGAAGGAUGACGCAGGCUGCUUUGGAGGGAAGAAGGCCAAAGAGGAAUGGUUUAAUCAAGCCAGAAAAAACGGCGAGAAUGACAAAAACUACGAUACGCUGGAUCUACCCAAGCGCACAGAACCCACGAAAGGUUUUGAGCUGCUGUACCAACCGGAAGUGGUAAGGCUGUACCUGUCUCUGCUAACUGAGAGCCAGAACUACAACACUCUGGAGGCUGCUGCAGGGGCCCUGCAGAACCUCAGCGCCGGACAGUGGACCUGGUCCAACUAUAUCCGUGCCACAGUGAGGAAGGAGAAGGGUCUUCCCAUCCUGGUGGAGCUGCUGCGUUCUGACUCUGACAAGGUGGUCCGAGCCGUUGCCAUCGCCCUGCGCAACCUCUCCAUCGACCGCCGCAACAAAGACCUGAUCGGGAGCUAUGCCAUGAGGGACCUGGUGAGUAACCUGCCCAGCGGUCAGCAGCAGCCAGCCAAGAACCUGGAGGAAGACACGGUGGUGGCCAUUCUCAACACCAUCCACGAGAUCGUGACGGACAGCUCCGAGAACGCACGCUCCCUCAUCCAGGCCCAGGCCAUCGAGAAACUGGUGGCCAUCAACAAGACAAGCCAAUCACCACGUGAGGACAAGGCCGCCUCCCACGUGCUGCAAACGGUGUGGAGUUACAAGGACCUGAGGAACGCCCUGACCAAGGAAGGAUGGAACAAGAGCCACUUCCAGCCUACAGCGACCGGUGCCCCUAAAGCAGCCAAGAAUGGCAAGCCAGGCUAUGACGACACCACUCUGCCCCUGAUGGAGAAGAACCAAGGUCAGUCUGUGAUGGCAGGCGAGACUGGGGAUCCUCCGGGCCUGGCCUACUGUGGUGAACUGAGCACCAAGAAAAAUGGAAGUGGUGAUAUGAUACCUAUGGACGAGCUUGGUCCAGAUGGCUACUCCACCAUCGACCAGAGAGACAAAGACUGCAAGUACAAGAGUAGUGGAGACGGGUCAGUGGACCUGACAGAACGGGAGCCAUUGAAGAAUGACACAAAUAGGAAACACUAUGUCAGGAGUAACAGGCCUGCAGUCAAACUGGUGGAUGCUUGUGACGUUAAACCUCAGCCUGUUGACUCCUGGGUCUAAAUGCAUGCAUGGCUUAAAUAACGACAGCGUAACACCUAAACUAGAGGAUCUCCCAUAUCAUCACUGCCAUAACACAUGGAACUCAUUUUGAUGUUGACUCGUCAGCAGAUAGACUUUGUAAAAGAAAGAAAAAAGAAACCAUCAUCCAACAACCAAUGUUUCAUGCUUUUGAAUCAGCAAAUGAAAUGAUGUAUAAAAAAAGAAAGAAAAGAAAAUCUAAAAACGACUACUUGUCAUAUCUACAUUCCCCACUGGAUGGACAGACGUAGGGUACCCUAACAGCAAGGACUCUGACUGGAGCAGCACUGCAUGGUGUCAGGAUGGAAGAGUGGAAGCAGUUAUUGUCAUAGAGAUACAAGUAUUCUAGAGUUCUAUCUCUAUGGCAAUGUAAGGAUGGCUGGUGGUGUGAAGCAGGGGGAGAGAAGGUGAUGUCUGUUGGGAGGAAAGGAAGUGUGUUGGAAAGGAGACAUUUUGCUUCUAAUAGUAUUUUUUUUUUCUAUUUUUUUUUUCUAUGUUACAAUUUAGCCUUUUGUUUAGGUUUUGUUUUUGUUGGUUUGUCUUUCGUCGAGGCACAGUAAAUCGUUUUUGUUUGUAAUAUAAUUGUUAUUUUUUUAUUUUGUUGGUCUUUCUUUUUGUUUGGGUUUUCCGGAUUGAAGAAGUGUGGACUGGUGUGGUAGAUGAAGGUUGGGGUGGUUUGAAGGACUUGAUGCUUGAAGGGCACUUAAAGGAACUGUAUACCUGCAAGUGUUGAUUGGAGUUAAGGAAGUGAAAUGACGUGCAUUUGGUUGGGUUACUUAUAGCUGUUGAGCGAAACAAAAUGAAAAUAUAUUUUCAGUAUCGACACAGACUAGAGAUAUGCGUUUGCCGACGAUAUAUGAAUUGCUUGGUUGGUUGCAGUUUGUCAUUGAUAUGUAUUAAAGUUGAAGAGGAUAUAAGACAUUUUGUUUAUAAAUGGAUUGUGUUAAUGAAGGAAUGGAAAGUACAUGCCCCUGGUGUCAAAGGGUAGAAUCUAAAAGCAUUUUAUAUUUUUGUUGGUUUUAUAAAUGUAUAUUAGGGUCAAAGAAAAACAAAAAGAGAACAGAGAAAACAAAGACGUCUUAGUUGUCUACUCUUAACAGGUUGUUUGGGAAGCACAUUCAUUGGAUAAAAGAUCAUGUUUGUAAACAGAAAUAACCACAUCAUUUAAGUGUCAAAUCUGUCGUCAUGCUGAUCACAUAUUUAUAUUUUGUACUGUCAAGAGAAAACAAAACAAAAAAAGAACAGCUGUUAUUCAGCUUUCUUUUUAAAGGCGAGUUGAACUGAUGACCUGGUCUCCAAAUCUUUCAAGGAGAUUAAUAGAGGGAGGGAGUGGAUGGUUCAGCAGGGAUCACUCAAGAGAUACGACUGAGAGAAAAGAGGGAUGGAUGGGUGGGUGGAUGCAGCAGCAGGGAUAGACAGAAAGAUGUUAGACAGAAGUGUUACAAUUCCCUUCACAUUUCACACUGCAAUUUAUAUGAAGUCGCUGAGAACCUGAAAACAUGCUUUGAUUUCACUAAUGCAUCUUUAAAGAACUAUUUGAAACAAGCAUGAAAAAAUGUACAAAUGUUCAUAUUAUAUUAUUUUUAAGUGCCAGUUUUUGUGGUGUGAUUGGAUAUUAGUCAUUUAUAUCCGGAGAGGAGAGCAGUUUUCAUGUGGUUCAAGGCAGAAUUUGCAUCACGUAUGAAGUAUACAACAUCUGUUUGAUAAUGAUAUUUUUUGGGCCCUCUCUAGGGGCAGUUGAAAUGUAGUAGUGCAGAUGAUUACGUCAUUGUCUUUUAAAAAGAGCCGAGAAGAAAGGCUGAACUACACGCGGUUAAAGGUUUAGUAGUGGUUUUGUGAUUGUUUUAUCUCCAUCUCCAAGUGGACUCUCCAAUAUGAACCCAUUCUCUCUCUCCCAAUUCUGGGACUAGUGAGGGGACCCUCCACUAAUGGACAGCUUAACUCAUGCGUCAGCUAUAGGCAAAUGGCAUGUGCCUGCGUUGAAUGCCGAAUUUCUUUGUGAUGUGACUUUAUAAAGCUUGCAUAUUUUACACAGUGUUUACAAAGACUUAUGUGAUCAAAUAAAAAUGUAAAGUACAUGUAUUAAUAAACAUUUAAUUUCAGAGAAAAGCAUUGUAAUAAUAGCCCCACGUUAACGUCCUCCAUGUCGACGUACGUCCUCAAAACUGUGUGCUUUUCAUUGGAUUGUUCAUCUUUGACUGUCUAUUCCUGACUGCAUUUUGUAGUACACAACCAGAGAAUCUUGUGUUGUAUUUAUAUACAUAUGAAAUGAGUCCAUGGGCUUGUUUGUGGACUGUGCUAACUGUGCUGUGAAAGAAAUGCAAGAAAAUGGGGCAGAAAUUGAAUCAAAUGAGCAAGACCUACCUGUGUAGAUAUCACUGAUUCAAACUCUUCAAAAUAAAGUAACUGUACUACUCAGUAGCAAAUGUGUUUGUAACUAUCAUGUGCCUUAACAUUUUCCAUGGUACAUAAAGAUAUCAUUGUGUUUUAUAUAACUCUUUAUCCCUCCUGCCGUUCCUCCUUCCUCCUCAUCCCCUUAUACCUCUCCUUUUCUCAACUGUGUCAGCCUCCCUCCCUACAGUAUAUCUCUCCCCUUCCCCUUCAUUUUAGACACUUACACAUUCACUCACUCUGUCCUCAGUGUAGACUAGACUGUUGGUGGGUUUUUGCUUUGUAUUACAUUGUAUUAUAAACUUUUAAAAGAUAGAGACAUAAAACAUGGUUUGAGUUCAUAGAAGAGUACAUUAAUGCUUUCGUAGCUAUCAGAGCGAUGCCACAGUGACAGAAUGUAUUAUGUUGAUUUUACUAAUACCCAGAGGCAAGUAUUACGCUUGUUCAAAUAACGUAAAAAAUACUGAUUUGUAGAGUAUCAAUUUGGUGUGUUUUCAAUAAACCAUGCCUGGAAAGAA